ACGUGUCUUUUAACAAUCAUGUGAUCAUGCCUGUCAGCUGACAAGGAAGUAAAGUCACACUUUUUCAUUGAGCUGCUAUCGCUCGGAAUAUUUUAUUCCAGCGAUCUCCGCUUGAAAGUAGCUUUUCUGAAUAUCUAUUGAUUACUUGAAUGCUGUUGCGUGUGCAUCUAUAAGAUGAAUUCUCUCGUGGUCGCGCUCUUCAUUGCGCUCCUCUGCGCGCUCUCCACCGGCGCCGCGCAACACCUGGAUACUGUGGAGUGGCUAUCAGACGAUCCAAGCGCAUCCGUGGAGCUUCAGCAAGUAUCCAACAGUACCAACUCGUCUGAUCUGACUUAUGGAUUCAUAUCCUGCGCCGUAGCAGUAGUCUUCUUCGGGAGCAACUUCGUACCAGUGAAAAAGAUAGAGACUGGUGAUGGAAUGUUUUUCCAGUGGAUUCUAUGUGCUGCUAUAUGGACAGUCUCUCUAGUGGUGAACAUCAUUCUACAUAGUCCAAAGUUUUGGCCUCUUGUUAUGCUGGGAGGAGCCAUCUGGGCUACUGGUAAUAUAACUGUAGUUCCUAUUGUAAAGACUAUCGGACUUGGUCUUGGUCUUCUUAUAUGGGCUUCGUUUAAUCUGCUUUUGGGUUGGGCCAGCUCAAGGUUUGGCUGGUUUGGUAUUGGUGCCGAGACUGUUUCCAAACCAGUACUGAACUCCUGUGGAGCAGGUCUUUGUUUACUUAGUGCUAUUGUUUUUUUCUUUGUGAAGACUGAUGUUCAAAGAUCUGCGACAUCUGAAGAAACACCAUUACUAGUAGACCAUACUGUGAACUCCGAAUCUGUGGUAGCAACAGAUGAUUCCUGGGUGGAUGCAUUAACACCACGCAGCAAACGGCUAGUUGGAACUUUUCUUGCUGUUGUCGCUGGACUGCUGUAUGGAUCAUCAUUUGUUCCAGUUCUGUACAUUAAAAACCAUGCAUCAGAUCCAGACAGCCAAUACAGUGGGGCUAGCCAGUUUGAUCUGGAUUACGUCUUUGCACAAUACAGUGGGAUUUUCCUCACUAGUACAGUGUAUUUCAUUCUGUACUGUGCCAUCAAAAAAAACAGACCUCAAGUUUUUCCUAAAGCAGUACUGCCAGGAUUCCUUUCUGGCAUCAUGUGGGGUGUAGCCACGUGCUGCUGGUUCCUGGCCAACCACUACCUCAGUGCUGUAGUGAGCUUCCCUAUUAUCACAACAGUUCCUGGAUUGAUUGCAGCUCUUUGGGGUGUUGUCGUGUUCAAAGAAGUGAAGGGUUGGCGGAAUUACAUCGUCCUCGUCGUUGCUUUCUGUCUUGUUUUAUCUGGGGCAUUAUUGACUGCAUUCUCAAAGGUUUAAACCUUUUUUUAGACAAGAGCAAAAAUGCAAAGAAAAGACUUUGGUUGAGUGUUUUGACAUUUUAGGUUUAUCUUUUAAAUCACUGUUUUAAAUAAUUUGCAGAGAGAUUUCUCUCUCUUAUCAGGUUAUGCAGCUACAAAAACCUGAACAUAUUGAAGAGAAACAAUAUUGUUUAUAUAAGGGAGGGAUAUGGUCCUAAAAUAUAUAAGAUACUUGAAAUGUUACAGCAAUAUCAGCACAUAGUUAAGGGUUUGUUUUUUGUUUUGUUUUUUUACUAGGAACACAGUUCACUAUAUUAUUGUUGUAUUCGCAAUAACAAACUUUUUUUUAAAUGUUUACACUGUAUAAUGGACCUCAUUUCACUGUAUAUUUGCACAUGUAAUGG